CCCUUACUGCCGCGCCAGCGUCCCGCCUCAGUUUGUCCCGACACCCCUGUCUCACACUCCUGGACUCUUUACCCCAGAUGCCACGGCUGCCGGGUCUCACUUAGUGUUCGCUGUAGGCCACUUUGUCUGCUAGUGCGCAGUGCUGCCCUUCACACUUGCUCGGAGCCCCUCCACCGGCCCGUCUUGCUGCAGGCAUUCUGGCCCCUGGCCCAGCUCCCUCGGAGGGCCCCUCUCCUGCAGUGCCGACAGCGCCCUCUGCAAUUCUCCCCAGGGAAAAUAGAGAAGGGAAUACCAUGGGACAAACAGUGAAUGAAGAAUCAAUGGAUGUCAAGAAGGACAAUCAAGAGAAAACAACUCAUUCAAGUACAUCUUCUGUGCAAAGAAAUUAUUUUGACUGGGACAAGUAUUUGAAAGAAACUGGUUCUAUAAGUGCUCCUUCAGAGUGCUUCAGACAGUCUAAGAUUCCACCAACUAAUGAAUUCCAAGUUGGUAUGAAAUUGGAAGCCCGUGACCCUCGCAAUAUUGCUUCAGUGUGCGUUGCUUCUGUUAUUGCAACUACUGGUGCCAGAUUGCGUUUACGACUGGAUGGUAGUGACAAUAAGAAUGAUUUUUGGAGACUUGUUGAUUCAUCAGACAUACAGCCUGUUGGGACCUGUGAACAGGAAGGAGAUUUACUUCAACCCCCACUGGGGUACAGAAUGAAUGUUUCAUCAUGGCCCAUGUUCUUACUACGAACACUAACUGGAUCUGAACUGGCACCUGCAGGGUUCUUUAAGAAAGAACCACCACCACCACCCCUAAAUAAUUUUAAAGUUGGGAUGAAGAUUGAAGCCGUCGAUAGAAAAAAUCCAUUUUUGAUCUGUCCUGCCACAAUUGGAGCUGUCAGAGGAGAUCAAAUUUAUAUUACUUUUGAUGGAUGGAAUGGGAGAUUUGAUUAUUGGUGCAAAUAUGACUCUCGGGACAUCUUUCCAGUUGGAUGGUGCUGCCUCACAGGAGAUGUAUUGCAGCCACCAGGAAACAUUGCUGAAAGGAAACCAAGGAGCAAAGCAGUGACUAAACCUUGGAAAGAUGGAGCCACAGCUUUGGAAAGUGAAGAAGCAGCUCCAGAAGCUGCAGAAAACCCUAAAGACAGUGAAUUCACCAACCCUUUUGAGGAUGAAGACAGACCUGUAAAAGAUGAUCAAGCAGCCACAGCUGGGGAAAAACCCAAGGGCAGAGGAUUCACCAAACCCGGGAAAGAUGAAGCCAGGCCUGGAAAAGAUAACCAAGCAACUCCAGCUGGAAAAAAACCCAAGAGCAGAGGAAUCACCAAAACUUGGGAAGAAGCUAGACCAGGGAAAGAUGUACAAGCAGCCCCAGCCGGGAAAAAGCCCAAGGGCAGAGGAUUCACAAAACCUUGGGAAGAAGAAGCCAGACCAGGGAAAGAUGUCCAAGCAGCCCCAGUUGAGAGUAAACCAAAGAGCAAGAGAGUCACCAAACCUUGGAAAGAACAGGCCACUCCUUUUGAAGAUGAAGCAGAAGCCCCAGCUAAGAAAAAGCCCAGGGACAAGACAGUCACCAAACCACGGAAAGACCAAACCGAACUUUUUGAGUGUGAAGAAGCAGCCCCAGCCAAGAAAAAACCCAAGGCCAAGACAGUAACCAAACCAUGGAAAGACCAAGCUGGACAUUUUGAGUAUGAAGAACCAGCAGCCCCAGCUACGAAAAAACACAAGGGCAAAAAAGUCACCAAACCAUGGACAGACCAAGCUGGACUUUCUGAAUAUGAAGAAGCAGGUCCAGCUGAGAAAAAACGCAAGGGCAAAAAAGUCACCAAACCAUGGAAAGACCAAACUGGACUUUUUGAAGAUGAAGAAACAGGUCCAGCUAAGAAAAAACACAAGGGCAAGACAGUCACCAAAACAUCGAAAGACCAAGCUGGACUUUUUGAAUACGAAGAACCUGCCCCAGGUGAGAAAAAACGCAAGGGCAAAACAGUCAUCAAACCUCAGAAAGACCAAGCUGGAAUUUUUGAAUAUGAAGAAGCUGUUCCAGCUGAGAAAAAACGCAAGGGCAGGCCAGUCACCAAACCUCGGAAAGAUGAAGCAAGUCAUUUUGAAAAUGAAGAAGCAGCCCAAGGUAAGAAAAAACGCAAAGACAAAAGAGUCAGUAAAUUUUGGAAAGACCAAGCCAAACUUUUAGAAGAUGAAGAAGCAAUUCCAGCUCUCUUCUCAGCUCUUUCAGUGAAGAGUGCAGAGAACACACCACCUUCCUCCUAUGAACAAACAAAAACCCCUACCUCUGAGAAAAAGAAGUCUCCACAGAAAACAACUCUUGUACUACCAGUACCAAAGACCAGCAAGAAAUCAGGAAAAACUAAACCAACUGGAGAUACUUCAGCUACAACGAAGGGUACUUGUAAAACUGUCUUACCAAAGGAAAAAGGUAGAAAGUCAGAGGUAAAGGAAAAAUGUAUUCCAGUUAUUUCUUCUACAUCUACAGCAUCUCUCAGUUCACUAAUUAGAAGAUCUUCAUCCAAUAAGUCUCCUGUGGGGCCAUCUAAAAUAGUGAUGUCUACAGUCUGUGUCUAUAUAAAUAAACAUGGAGAUUGUGGCCCCUACCUGAAUCCACAGAAAGUUCAGCAGCUGCCUGACCAUUUUGGCCCAGGUCCUGUGAAUGUGAUUCUCCGGCGGAUUGUGCAGGCCUGUGUGGAUUGUGCCAUUGAUUCCAAGACUGUGUUUUUAUUUAUUAAGCCAGAUAAUCGAGGAGGAGAAGUAAUAACUGCCUUCUUUGAUGAGAAAGUUCAUAGUGUUCAGCUCCCUCCAGUGAAUAGUGCAUCAUUUGCGCUUCGCUUUCUUGAAAAUUUCUGCCGCAGCAUGCAGUGCGAUAAGUUUUUGAGUAGCCAGCCUUUUAAACCUAAGGCUCAUGUUCCUACUUCUACUACAGACCUUGAUCAAAACAAACCAGCACUAAAUGAGGAACUAAAGGAAAGUAGAAGACUCAAACGAUGUUCUCAGCGACCUCUAACUUUUGCUCCAGUCUCAUCAAAGGUUCCCAGAAAGAGUGGACGAGCCUCUAAAGCUUCAAGUUAUAUAGCUGUACCUGACCCCAGUGUCCUGAAACAAGGCUUCUGUAAGGACCCUUCAACCUGGUCUGUGGAUGAAGUGAUACAGUUUAUGAAACAUACAGAUCCUCACAUAGCAGGCCCCCUCGCCGACCUCUUCAGGCAACAUGAAAUUGAUGGAAAAGCUCUACUACUACUGAAGAGUGAACUGAUGAUGAAGUAUAUGGGGCUGAAACUAGGACCAGCAUUAAAACUAUGUUACUACAUUGAAAAACUUAAAGAAAUAAAAUAUAAUUGAAAAUAUGCAAAUUUAGAUUAGAGACAAUUCUCAGGUAUACUUAAAAUGUUUUACUUUAAAAGUAAUUUCCUUCUCAUCAGUUUGUAUUUUAUGAAAGGUUUUUAUAAAAAUAUUUUAUCAAGGCCGGGCAG